GGUGGCAGUGGGGCUGGGCCCACGGGCCGGGCAUUAUGGAAGAAGAUCUGGCUUCUCUGUUCUUCCAGCAGCAGUAUAUGUGCUCAGAGUGUGGGCGUCUCUACAACACUUUGGAAGAGGUGCUGAUCCACCAGGAGGGACACCUAGCAGAACCCUAUGAGCUUCCCGCAGCUGCCACUGCUGUGGACUCCGAGCCCCAACAGGGCAGCCGUUACCAGUGCCUGGAAUGCGGGUGUGUCCUUUUGUCACCAGACGAACUGCUAGCCCACCAAGAAGUUCACCCCAGGGAGGUGCCGAGCCAGCCCCCACCUCCGCCAGCUACCGCGGGACAGAUCCGCUACCAGUGCAAUGAGUGUAAUAAACUGUUUCCCUCCACGAGCCUGUGGCUGGUGCACAGGCAAACACACCUGAAGCAAGAGGCUCCAUGGGAGUCCCAGCUGUCAUCCUGCCCGACAGCUCCUUCACCGCCUGCCCACUUGCCAGUUUUGCAACCUCCCCUACCGUAUUCCCCGCUUUCCUCCCAGCCUGCUCUGCCCAUCCAUCCCUACGAGUGCUCAGAGUGCACCCGUCUGUUCCCGACGCCAGAAGAACUGCUGGAGCACCAAGGUGAGCAUUUCACGGAGAUUGAGAAAGAGAGCGGGGAAGCACCUGAGGCCACGGUGCAGGAGACUGGCAGUCCGCACACGUCCCCAGUGCAAGGCCCCGAGGAGCCUCCCGCAGCAGUUCCCUCUCCUCCGGCCUUCUGCUGCAGUGAAUGCCAACAAGCCUUUAGUACAGCGGAGGAGCUGCGGCGGCACCAACAGGAGCACCUUAGCACCAGCGAGGAGUUUCUGUGCGGCGAGUGCCAGCGCGGCUUCACCACGGCCAAGCGGUUGUUAGCCCACCAGCGGGUCCAUGUAGAUGGCACCUACGAAUGCCCCAACUGCAACAAGAUCUUCAAGAAGGCAGCAUCCCUCGAGCAGCACAUGCGUAUCCACAAGGGGGAGGCGCUCUACCUCUGCAUGGACUGUGGGCUGGGCUUCUCCACCGAGAUGACCUUGAUCGUGCACCGGAAGAGCCACACGGCCAACCCCCUGCACCGCUGCCACUGCGGCAAAACCUUCAGCAACAUGACCAAGUUUCUCUACCACCGUCGCACCCAUGCUGGGAAGAGCGGGGUCCCCCCUGCUCGCGGGGCAGGAGAUCACGUAGCCAGCCAGCCUCCUGAGCCUCUGCCCGCCACAGAAUCUGCUGUGAAUGGCUCUUCCUCCUCAUCUCCCAGCACAGGGACUGCCAUGGAGGAGGCCAGCGCUGGCUUCCUGUGCCCUCAGUGUGGAAAGGUGUUUUCCACCCACAUCCGGAUGGUGCGGCACAAACGGGUAGUUCACGUUCUGGAGCGCAAGCACAAAUGUCCCACAUGUGGCAAAAAGUUUAAGAAGCUGGUGCACGUGCGCAACCACCUGCGGACACACACAGGGGAAAGGCCUUUCCAGUGCUCAGAGUGUGGCAAGACUUUCGUCUCCCAGGCGAACCUGGCCAGACACCACGUGACACACACUGGAGAGCGCCCCUACCAGUGCCAGGUUUGCGACAAGCGCUUCACCCAGUCCUCUAACCUUCGCCAGCACCGCCUCUUGCACGCAGCCCCCAACGGCGAAGGGCCCCAGUCAGCUGUGCAGACCACAAAUGCAGACUGCUUGGCCUUCCCUUGUCCAGACUGUGACAAACGCUUUCCACGCCGUCACCUCCUGGAACUGCACCGACUUAGCCAUUCUGGGCUGGAGCCACAGCGCUGCCCAGACUGCGGGGUUCUUGUUGUGUUGACUUCCAAGUCACAGGAUCACCGCUGCGGCAGGCGCCGGAAGCAUGCAACAGCACAGUUUUACCCCUGCCUGUUGUGCGGCAAGUACAUGGGCUCCUUGGCAAAGCUGGCCAUGCACCAGAUGGUCCAUUCGGGCCAGCGCCCUCACCUCUGCCCGAUUUGUGGGAAGGCCUUCACCACUGCCAGCGGGCUGAGCAGACACCAACAGCGCCAUGCUGGCCUGCGGCCUCACAAGUGCCCCAUCUGUGGCAAGAGCUUCGUCGCGGCCUCCGGGCUGCAGCUGCACCAGCGUAUCCACACAGGUGAACGCCCUUUCCCUUGCCCGGACUGUGGCAAGGCUUUCCGACAAGCCACCCACCUGCAGGAACACAGGCGCCUGCACACAGGGGAGCGCCCCUACCUUUGCCCAGACUGCGGCAAGGCCUUUGUGCAGUCUAUGCACUUGGCUGAGCAUCGGCGCAUCCACACGGGUGAGCGCCCCCACCCCUGCCCCGUGUGCCCCAAGACCUUUAAGACACUUUCCAACCUACGUAGUCACCGCAAGACCCACACGCAGCUGGUGGUUGACCAGGGUGUGCUCCAGUCGGCUGGGUCCUUCGCGGCGACCUGCCAGCCCACCCAUGCUAUCAUGUGUACGGAAUUUGGGGAGACCAUUGCGAUCAUAGAGAGUGCCGAGCCGCUCCCCUUGGGGGGAACAAUAGAGAUUUAUGAGGCUACUCUUGAAGGCAACAUCCAGGUUAACGCCUUUGUAUAG